CAGUGUGAAUCAAUUGAUCGGCAUUUUUUUUUACUGACAUUUGCGGUUGAUUUGUACUACUACUUUCUAAUGACUUCUGAGCUAACUUGCACGCAAUUCGACUAGUUAAGUAGUUAAGAGAAUUGAAGUUAACGACUCGACAAACCCUCCGAUGACCAUUAGGUUUGAAAAGUUUGGCUACCUUGGAAUUAGGUUUGGAAAGUUUGGCUACCUUAGAAUUCGAACCUGCCCGCAUAUUCCGAAUCUUGGGGGCACAGACACUAGAGGGUUUGUCCGUUGUAAACUUCCGGUGAGUAAGAUUGUGAUAGUGUGAUGGAUGUAGUGGUCGUGAUUAUGUAACAGAGACUGAAUUAUGCAUUGAGCAAGCGAAUCCCGGCUGAUCUGGUAUGCGUUUGUAGAUUUAUUAUGCCGAGUGAAUAAACAACAUUUUUCACCCAUAACUUUGUUAUAAAGCAUGGAGCUUGAUGGUACUUCUAGCAUUAGCUGUAUAUUAUGACGAUAUGGUAACCCAAUGCAUCUGUGCAAGUUUCCUUUAUCCUAGUGAAAUCAAGAUUGUGAUGUGGGUGGACGCGAGCCAAAUCUUUGCUACCUCCCCCUUCUUAACUCGUAUCUUGUUUGUUCUGGAAACGCGCCUAUUCCAUCUUUUCUCGAAUCUCCUUUAACAGAAAAAAUAGAAGCUCAAGAAAGAAUACCAUCCAAUGUUCUAGCGUGUAUGAUGGGCUCUAGUCUCUAGCUGUUUUAGUACUUCUCGUUCCUUGCAGCAAUGGUUGUGUUAUAAACUUAUAAGGAGUUAGGCUUUCUGCAAAGAACAUAGUGCUACAUCACACAGGAAAAACUGAAGUUCUUCUGUAUGGACAAUAAACUGAGAUGUGUCGCAGAUCAAUUUUGAGUUCUCUACUCUCAAUUGUAGACUUUUGUUGUGGAGGUUUUUUUGUAUGAUCCCAUGCAGAAGCAAAAUAUUUUGUAUCACAAGGCGGCUUUCAGUUUCCGAAAGAUUGCAGAUGGACAAUAUAAUUCAGGAAUGCGCUGCAUAGUUCCCCAUUCUCUUGUGGAAAGGUGUCUGACAAAAUCAAGACAUAUGAAAGCAGAAGUUCAGUGUACCGUCAAAAUUGCAGGGUUGAAAUGCACGAAAUUGGGUAAUUCAUUCCAAACUGCAGAAACCAAAGGUGUUUCUAAUGAAAAUCCUGAAGAGUUUUCUGAAGAAGAUGAUGAGCUCUGUCCGGCCGAAUGUGUCAGGGAAUUUGGAACUGAUGACGAAUUCCUCAGAAUUUUGGAGAAGGCCAAGAAAACAAAUUCUUUAGUUGUGGUUGAUUUUUAUCGUACUUCAUGUGGUAGCUGCAAGUAUAUAGAGGCAAUAUUUUCAAAAUUGUGCAAGGGAUCUGGAAAUCAAGAUUCUAAAGUUAUUUUCUUGAAGCAUAAUGUUAUUGAUGAAUAUGAUGAACAAUCUGAGGUUGCUGAACGACUUAGAAUCAAGGCAGUGCCGCUCUUUCACUUUUAUAAAGAUGGGGUGCUUCUGGAAGCCUUUCCAACCAGAGAUAAAGACAGGAUUGUUGCAGCAAUUUGUAAAUACACAGCUCCACCUUCUCCAGAUAUUUAACCUGGUCUGGUUAUGAUUCCAAACUUUGCUUUUGUGCGUCCAUGCAUAGGCGAUUCCAAACUUUUUCUGUUCAUUAUUAUGCCUGCAUGAUAAUAUUCGCUUGUAUCAUAAUACCAACAGCUUCCUGUUUGUGAGAGAAAUUUCUCGUCAUGAACAAUUAAAAACUUUCUCAUCAUGUAAUGUUCAUUUGUGAUUCUGUCAAUCAUAAAGAUCAAAUGCUUGCUUGUGCUGUGCAUCGAGCUAUUGGUUCAUGUCAAAGUCACUCUAAUUGAAUGUAUCAGAUUGAAGAUAAUUAUGGUAUUAUUCAAUAACCAAGUCUGUUGUCAGCCA